ACCCAGCACCAGUUAGCUGGGGAGAGAGCGAGUGAGAGGAUGAUGGGAAGCAUUGAGGUGUUCACGGGCAGAGAGCCACUCCAUCACCAGAGAGAGGGUUCAGUAAGGGACAGAUCACACAUGUCACCGCAAAGAGAGGACUUUUGAUAACCAUCUGAAACGGACUGGGAGAUGAGUGGCACACAGCUUUGGAGUAUCGUUCUUAACCAGUCUGCCUGGCAGCCACUGGGCUCAGCCGUGGCUUGAAUAGAAGUGGAUCUUUUGUUGUGGGCUUCGCCAUGAGGGUUCUGACAUCCAACUUCUUCGCGCUGCUCUUCCUGGGCGCAUUUGCGGGCGUUUUCUACGUGUGGAGCUCACUCGAGGACCGCUUGGAACGACACAAACGGGGAUUCACGGUCCCGGGCGGUGGGUCGUUCUACCCCAAACUCCCCGUGGAUCUUUCCGCUAAAACUUUUCGCACUCUUCUCGCUGUCCCGGCGGCACAUCGUACCCAAAUCAAGGUUGGCAACAUAAGUGAGAAACCAGCGGGAGGUCACCAUGACAAUGUGAAUGGGAAUAAGACGACCUCAUUGGCGGGGCCGCUCGAGUUUGACUCCCCCGUGGAGGAUGGCGUAUUUUGGAGCACCUGGCUGGAGGAUCUAGUUCCAGUGGGCUUCCCAGAGGAAUAUGCCCGGGCUUGGCGAGAAAGGGCGAGGGAAUCGCGGGUCGUGAAACUGGAGCCCGGAUGCGGCAGGGUAUCCAAUCAGCUCGCCACUUUCGCGGAUGGAUCCAAAGCGUGUGUGCGCUACGGAAUAAACGCGGAUCAGGUGCAAGGUGAAACUUUGACCUAUUACCUUGCUUGUUUGUUGGGGAUCCCCAACGUGCCUCCUUUGGUACUCUCCCAGCUGAACACGUACAGUGAGCAAUGGGGAGAGGUGAGGACACGCGUAAGUGCAUUACAAUGGAGCGAGCACACCGUCGUUUCUCUCACCGUGUGGCUCUCCAACCUGAGCGGGGUGGUCACACCUGCUCCGCUACGGCCGGAGAAAAGCGGGCUGCACCGCGAGCUCCGGAACAAGACUACGGAGGAGCUCGUGGAACUCGUGCAGUGGAGUGAUUUGAUCUUAUUUGACUACAUUUCAGCCAAUUUUGACAGGCUGGUGAGCAAUCUGUUCAGUUUGCAGUGGGAUGCGCGAGUCAUGGAGAGGGACACGAACAAUCUCCUGAAGGCGCCCCGUGGUGACCUCGUCUUCAUUGACAAUGAGGCCGGGCUGGUGCACGGCUUCCGGGUGUUGAGCAUGUGGGAGCAAUAUCAUCAGACGGUUCUGAGCUCCGUUUGCGUGUUCAGGAAGAAGACCGCGCAGCGUGUGGCCGAGCUCCACCAACGCAGAGAUGUCAGGAAAAGGCUCCUGGAGCUCUACAGAGAAAGUGAACCCUUGGCAGCCAAAUUGGGCUUUCUCUCUGACGAUCACGCAGCUAUCCUCCAGGACAGGAUAGACAGAGUAUACAAGCAAAUUUUGCGAUGUAAGGAGAAGUACGGCAAACUAUGAGCGUGCUCAGUGGACUGUGUGUCCCAAAGAUGAGCUUGUGAUUGAAUAUCCAACUGAACUACCUCUUAUGGAUAGAAUGUGACGUCUACGAUAUAACUAUUUGUGCCAUGUUAAUUCCUGCUGAUUUAUUUCACACUAUGAAUCCCAAUUUGUUCAUUCAUUUGAUUGGGAUCAGAUGCUAAAACUCCAAUAGUGACUGCAUGGAUACCCAGAUAGCAGACCGUCAUUGAAUAAACGUUGAUUUUCCAUCAAAAUCAUCGGAAUUGUUGACACCGAAAUUUUCUACGUCAAGUGACGUUGAAACAACGUUGUUUUAAUGUAUGUCAGGCGAUGGUUGGAUUAACAUUGUUUUAUAGCAGAUGAACUAAUGUUGACAAAUAGAUGAUUUAUGAUUGACCGGGAAAUAUGAUUGAAAAGUCAUUGAUUCAUGGAUGAGCGGGCGUUUUGGUCGAAAACAUAACAUUGAUUCAGCAUUUUUCCAAUAUUAUUAAUAAUCGAAAUGACGUUUAGGUUUUGUAAAGAUUUCAAUGUUGAAACAACAAUAAUUGAGGGUGCAAAAGUGACGUUGAUUCAACGAUAUAAAGAUCGACAGCGGAAUGUUGAUCCAACAUCUUUUCAACGUCGGUCUGCUAUCUGGGUAGUGUAGUCCCCCAUGCUCUCUCUAUAUUUGGAUUAUUGCCAUAUGGCCUGUAAUCUAGAUAAAAUAAACUCCCAACCCUGACCGUUUACAGUAUUUAAUACUUUGUUAGACAUCUGGCCGCUUUUAUAGAAUAUCUUUUUGCACAGUCAGUUGUCAUAUAGGCAGCAUGGCAUUAUUGUUAAUAUUGUUAUUAUUAUUAUUGUUCUGCCUUAAAGUGUAGCAUUUGAAAUGUACAUGUUGUAAAUAUUCUUCACCAGCUUGUUUUGGCAAGUAAGGUGUCCACUAAUUUAAUGUGCUUUGUAACAUUCCAAAAUAUCUUGCCCCCCACCCCUUCAUCUGUUAAUAUACACUAAUUUAUGUUAAAACACUGUGUGCUGUUUCACUGUUAUUAUGGUGUGUCAAACAUUUAGCAGCGUGAACAAGCUGCUAUGUAGAUCAUUACAGAGCUUUCAUUGUUGUAUAAAUGGCAUGAAUGUUCCCUCUGAGCCGUCCUGUCAGCCAAAGGCACGCUACAACAGAAAAUGCUAAUCCUUUAUAAUCUUACCAGGACUUAUGAAGGAGGAGACAAGUGACAUCAUUUGAUACAUUUUCUAAAGGAUUUGCUGUUUCCUAACUAAAUUGAAAUGAGUUCUCAUCUUCUACCUGAAACCAGGGUUUAUUAAAUUGUUUCAUUUGUUGAGUUAAAGCAUCUCCCCUUGUAGGAGAAUGCACUGCGGACAGGCUAAUUAAUUGAUGUUUUUCUCCCAGAGGAGGGCUUUGUUUACUGUUUUCCAAAGGUUAAUUUUCAACUGUGAAAUGUAUUCAAAGCACAUCAGAACUUGAAGGUCAGUGUUAUUUCUUCAGGAUUUUACCAACUAAGAGAUUCAAGGCUCUCUUAUUAUUAGUUCCAUAUUGAACUUCUCUAAUCUUCAGCGAGAAAACCAAUGAUAUACUGUACAGUAAGGUUGGAAAGUCGUAUUUUCAAUCCCUCGCUAUUCUGCAGCUGGUUUCUUUUACUACUUUGGUAUGUUCCGCCAACUCCCAUGCAGGCACAUACACUAUUUGGGCAGCUCUGGGACGAGAGGGUUAGCUUGUGAUGUUCAAACAGGGACUUUUCUGUCAUUUCCAUACGUGCAAGUGAUUUGCUGUUUUUCUUGGUGAGUUGCAAUGGCAGCAGCACCAUGUACAGGGUUAAGCAGGCACUCUAAGCAUUUUCUUCCAGUGCAAACACCUGCUUCAGAUUCUUAGUAGAUCAAUAUGCCCACUAACUGUGGGGAAAGGAGGUCAUGGUGUAAUUGGUUGGGCUCUAGUUCUACAGUUAAUAUGCCGACUUGAGUUUCACAGAGGUGGGGAGGGGAUUGGACUGCGUGCAGCUGGGCACCUUCUAGGCAUGCCUGUUCAUGCUGAACCUCGCAAAGAGAUUUACGACGAGUUGCAGACACCAGGGAUUAAACACAAUGUUUAACUGUGGUCUGCAUAUGUAAACCAGACUCGCAACCUUCCUGGUUUACUGCCUCUCACAAUUUACCUCACAGUUUACCCUUUAGAGCUACAUGUCUGUUUCUACUGUUCACAUCACUCUUCAACUUUAUUUGUUAGCCAUGUAAACAUCCGGUUUUCAUAAUGACCUUAAGAAUUGUGUUCACUCCGCGAACAAUUUCCAACAUUAACCUCAUAUUCAUUACUCACACAUUCUGUUUGAUUUGGUUAAUACAAAGUUUUUCAAGUCUCCGCCCAAUUUAUUUUCUUUCAUAAGAAACAGAUUCCUGUGUGACACAGUCCAAUGAAUUAAACUUUUCCUAUAGCUCAUGGCAGGAAAGAAGUACGUGGUACUUAAUUACACCCCUAUAACUGCUAGUGUGCUGCUUCUCUUCACAUGUGGUACUUUUCUGUGUGGGUACAAAGAGUCGCCGGCCGAGACGGUCAUGCUAGCUGGGACCCGCAGCUGGUCCCAACCCUGAUCUGCAGGUACUUCAACUGAUCUUCCUUUUAUGUGCACAUUGCAAACAUUCCAGUGGAGCAGAGGGAGGAUCAUCUCCAUGGACACGCACACGCACGCAGCGAUUUCCCCAACAGGAAAAUGAAACAGGAACCAGCUGUGCACACAGACUGUCUUUAAUGUUCAAGGUUUUUACCCUGAUCUCGUUCCCCUCAUAUUAUGACUCCCACCAGAAUUCAAUGAUUGGUUUGAGUAUGAAUACUGAAAACAUUGGCAUAUAUACUAGUAUAUAUUUUCCAUGUUUGGGUGUGAAUAAUAUACUGUAUAUUGCCGAGAAAAUUAUUUACUCCUUUUUUGAUUCCUGUGUUUUUUGCAUAUUACACACAUCUGGCCGUAUGUGAAAUGUAUUUGCCCUCUUGAAACUAAUAACGGGUUGUGCCACUCUUGGCAGCAAUAACUGAAAUCAAGUGUUUGCAAUAAUUGGUGAUGAGUCCUAUCACUCUGGAAGACUUUUAGCUCAAUCUUUAGAAUUGUUUCAACUCCCUUGUAUUGGACCGUUUUCAAGCAUGAACUGCUCGCUUAACUAUUUCAAGCCCAAACCACUUAUAAAUUGACAGAAAAUUAAAAUUAUUUAACUUGAAGCUUUCAAUUGUCCCUCGGAACAUUCUAAAAAAUAAAAAUUUAAUUCAUAAAUUUCUAUCAUAUUCAUAUGGUAAAUCAUGUUUUUUCAGAAGAUAAAUAUAACAUGAAAUAUAAACAUGUAUUGUAUGUAUCGAUAUGAUACAUAUGGCCACAUAGGGUUAAGGUCAAACCACAGCAUCUGUGUGUUUCAUGAUUCAAGAGCACCUAAGUUUGAGGGCACAAACUGAUGGCCGGACGUUCUCGUUCAGGAUUUUUUGGUAGACAGCAGAAUUAAUUGUUCCAUCAGUUACAGCAAGUUGUCCUGUUUCUGGCAGCCCCAGGCCAUCACAAUGCCACGACGAUGCUCCACUGUUGGCAUUAUAUUCUUUUUAUCAAAUCCUCUGCAAUUUUUACGCAGAUAUAAUGGACUGCAUACCUUCCAUGAAGUUACAUUUUUUUACUCGUCAUUCCAUAGCAUGUUUUUUCAAAGGUCUUGAGGCAAAAUUUUGGGGGGCAAAUGUGAGAUGAGCCUUUAUGGGAUUUAUGUUUGUUUUUACUGCAUUGUUUUUUUUUACCCAUGAACACUGCAUUGUUUUUUUACCCUUGAAUUCUCCCACGUAUGCCAGUCUUGGCCGAUGUCUUUCUUAUCAAAGAGUCAUGAACGCUGACCUUAACUGAGGCCAGUGAGGCCUGCAGUUCUUUGGAUGUUGUUCUAAGUUCUUUUGUGACUUCCUUAAUGAGUCAUCGUCGUCCUCUUCAAGUAGUUUUUAGUUGGUCGACCACUCUUGGGAAGGUUUGCAGUUUUCUUCAUUUGUGGAAAACGGCUUGACAAAACUGGUUAGAACUAUUUACUUCUAAACAGUGAGAACUAUUAAUUUUUCUUUGUGAUUUAACAAGGGAGGUCAAUUACUUUUUCACAUUUGUAACUUUUCCCCCCUAAAUAAAAUAAAAUUACAAUUUAGAAACUGCAUUUUAUAUUUCUUUGGGUUGUGUUUGUAUGAUAUUAACAUUGGUUUGAUUAAUUGAAAUCGUUGUUUGUGAUAUAUAUGUAAUAAUACAGAAUUCAAGAGGGGGGGGAUACUUUUUACGGCACUUUGUAAAAUAGAGUAUAUAUACAGUGUCACCACAGAAAAUUGAGCAGACAACGUGACAUUUUCUCACUUCAACUGCAUUUUCAUACUUAUACUGUACAUACGUAUAGCAUUUUUUACUACAUUUCCUUUCUUCGAAGUUUAGUCUGCCAUUGUUCAUUCAAUGGGUUUAAUCGUAAAAAUAACAACAGACAAUGAAGGUAUAAGCUGCUAAAGGGUGUAUUCAUUUGCAUUUUGUAUAUAGAAUAUAUAAAUUGAAUGGGUAAAAAGAGGUGUGGGUUUUUUUCCCAUAUAACAAGUGACUAAUUAGGGUGUCUCCUCAUCAGUGCCCCUGCCGUGUGUGAGUGGUUAGACAUAACUGGCAUUCUUUCGAGGCUACAUAGUGCAGGGGACUUCC